AUGAUGAAGCAGACGAUCCAGAUUUUCGCUAGAGUGAAGCCCCCCGAGCGGAAGCAGCAGCAAGGGAUUUAUUCUAUAGAUGAAGAUGAGAAAUCAACACCUAGCUUGGAAAUUCUCUUACCCCGAGAUCUGGCGGAUGGAUUUGUGAACAACAAGCGGGAAAGCUACAAGUUUAAAUUUCAAAGGAUUUUUGACCAAGAUGCAAAGCAAGAGAUCAUUUUCGAAAUCAUUGCCAAACCAGUCGCCCAGAGUGUCUUGGCAGGCUACAAUGGUACCAUCUUCGCAUAUGGGCAGACAGGCAGUGGCAAGACAUUCACCAUUACGGGUGGGGCUGAGCGCUACAGCGACAGAGGCAUCAUCCCAAGGACCCUGUCAUAUAUUUUUGAGCAGUUGCAAAAGGACAGCAGCAAGAUCUACACAACACACAUUUCUUACUUGGAAAUCUACAAUGAAUGUGGCUACGACCUGCUGGAUCCGAGACACGAGGCCUCCAAACUGGAAGAUCUGCCGAAAGUGACAAUAUUGGAGGACCCUGAUCAGCACAUCCACCUGAAAAACCUGUCUCUUCACCAGGCAACAACCGAGGAGGAAGCUUUGAACUUGCUCUUCUUGGGGGACACCAACAGGAUGAUUGCGGAGACUCCUAUGAACCAAGCUUCAACCCGAUCACACUGUAUUUUCACUGUUCACUUGACCAGCAAGGAGCCGGGAUCUGCCACUCUCCGACGCGCGAAGCUCCAUUUGGUUGACCUGGCAGGGUCAGAGCGUGUUGCGAAGACUGGAGUGGGAGGCCUGCUCCUGACAGAGGCCAAGUACAUUAACCUGUCGCUGCACUACCUGGAGCAGGUCAUCAUUGCCCUUUCUGAAAAGCGCCGCACACACAUCCCCUACAGGAACUCCGUGAUGACGAGCGUGCUCAGAGACAGCCUGGGAGGGAACUGCGUGACCACUAUGAUCGCCACUCUCUCACUAGAGAAGAGGAACAUCGACGAGUCCAUCUCUACCUGCAGAUUUGCUCAGCGAGUGGCCCUUAUCAAAAAUGAAGCUGUCCUCAAUGAAGAAAUUGACCCCAAACUGAUGAUUACCCGCUUGCAGAAGGAGAUUGCCGAUCUGAAGGCGGAGCUGGCCAUGGCCACUGGGGAGUGGAGGACCGAGGCACUCACGGAAGAAGAGCUCCAACAGCUGGAAAAACUGAUAGCAUCCUUUUUGGAAGACCAAGAUCCAGAGAGUAGACUGGAAGUUGGCGCCGAUAUGCGUAAAAUCCAUCGCUGUUUUCAUCAUUUUAAGAAGCUGUUGAGUGACAAGGACAGCAUGAAGAAUACAGUCUUCUCCGAAGCCACACACCAACCAUGCCAAGAGCCAUUGAAGGAUGAAGAACUUACAAAGCUCCGAGACCUGCUCAAGCAGAGGGACAAUGAAAUCAAUAUCCUGGUCAACAUGUUGAAAAAGGAAAAGAAGAAAACUCAGGAUGUUCUUCUCUUAUCGAGCACGGAGAAGACUGAUGCUAGGGUGCCCCGGAACUCACCCUUCACUCCUGGGAGCCCAGCAGGUCCGAGCACCUCAGCCUCCUCAGCCCUGAGCCAGGCCCAGGACCUCAGCAUCUGCAGACACAGAUCCAGUUUGCUCCACAGAAAAACAGGGAUGAGAGAGGAGAUGUCACUGGGACGCCAGGAGGCUUUUGAAAUUUUCAAGAGGGACCAUGCAGACAGUGUCACCAUCGAUGACAACAGACAGAUUCUGAAGCAGAGAUUUUCUGAAGCAAAGGCUCUGGGAGAAAGUAUAAAUCAAACGAGAAGUAAAAUUGGUCGGCUGAAGGAUGCCAUCACCCAGCGGCACCUGCAGCAAGUAGCUCUUGGAAUCUCAGAGAAUAUGGUCACACCCUCCAUACCUGACCUUCAGGAAGAGAAACUGCGAUCACAGCUGGAAGAAGAAAAGACCAAGUACAAAACAACAUUCACGCAGCUGAAAGCCUUAAAGGUGGAGAUUGAGCACCUGCAGCUGCUCAUGGACAAAGCCAAGGUGAAGCUGCAGAAAGAAUUUGAAGUCUGGUGGGCUGAGGAGGCCACCAAUCUGCAGGUAUACUCCCCAGCCAUGGAUCCCCAGGAGCACCUGAAGCCGGUUCCCCAGCAGGACCAGCCACAGCUUCUCCUCAAGAAAAGUUCUCAAGGCUGGGAAGCUAAAGAUGGAGUCAGCAGUCUGGAUAUCUGCUACGACAGGGAUGCCAGAAGAAUCCUCCCCUCCCCUUGCCCCAGUCAGCACAGCCAAGAGCCCAGUAGCUCCAGGACCCAGCAGCAAGACAGGCCGAUGUCAUCCAUCCCUCUCACUGGAGACAGCCAGACAGAUUCUGACAUCCUGGCAUUCAUCAAGGCCAGGCAGAACGUUCUGCAGAAGAAAUGUAAGAACAUCCCCUGGAAACCCGCCAAGGCCCGGCUAUCCCUACUCUUCUGUCCCAUACAGGGAGUGAGCAGGAAGUGGCAAAGGAAGAAGGCAGCCACAGCAGUAGUCUGGGUCACCUCAUGUGAGCUGAGCCCUGCUUCUCCAAGGCCUGGGGGCAGAUGUGUGGGCCGGUGGCUUGGGGGCUCCUGCUGCUCCUGGCCAGGCUCCUUCUCCCUAUUCCAGACCUUGGUUGUUCUCUGUCCCCUGAAGACAUCUCUCGCUCCCUGUCCAGCCUUCUCUAAACAGGAAGGAGCUGAGGGUGGUUUGGUAUUCAUUGAAACCCUGGCUAGAAUCUUCACUCUCCUUAAAGCAUAG